AUGCUGCCCAGAGCCUGGCUGCGCUGGGCCUGCCUCUUGCUCCUGGCCACGCCUACCCAGCCCUGCCCCAAGGGGUGUGACUGCUUCAUCCGGGAGGUCUUUUGCUCCGACGAGGAGUUGGCCGCCAUCCCGCUGGACAUCCCACCACACGCCACAGACAUCAUCUUCGUGGAGACCUCAUUCACCGAGGUGGGAGCCAGGACCUUCAGUGGCAGCCCCAACCUGACCAAGGUGGUCUUCCUCAACACCCAGGUGUGCCACUUCGGGCCGGAUGCCUUCGGGGGGCUGCCGGGGCUCCAGGACCUGGAGAUCACUGGCGGUGCCUUCUCCAACCUCAGCACUGACAUCUUCUCCAACCUGACCUCGCUGGGCAAGUUCACCCUCAACUUCAACAUGCUGGAGGCUCUGCCCGAGGGCCUCUUCCAGCACAUGGAUGUCCUGGAGUCCCUCCAGCUGCAGGGCAAUCGGCUCCAGACGCUGCCCGGGAGGCUCUUCCAGCCUCUGAGACGUCUGAAGACCCUCAACCUCGCUCAGAACCUCCUGGCCCAGCUGCCCGAGGAACUGUUCGCCCCCCUCUGCAGCCUGCAGACCCUGAGGCUGAGCAACAACGCACUGGCCGGCCUGCCCCGAGGGCUGUUCAGCCACCUGGGCGGCCUGCGGGAACUCUUCCUGGACGGCAACUCCAUCUCCGAGCUGCCCGCACAGGCGUUCGCGGGGCUCUCCCGCCUGGAGAAGCUAUGGCUGCAGCGCAACACCAUCAGCCACCUGCCCCGGUCCAUCUUCUCCUCCCUGGGCAACCUGACCUUCCUGAGCUUGCAGGGCAACGCACUGCGGACGCUGCCCGCCAGCCUCUUCGCCCAUUCCCCGGGCCUGGUCAGCCUGUCCCUGUCCCACAACCAGCUGGAGACCAUCCCCGAGGGAGCCUUUGCCAACCUGUCCAGCCUCGGGUCCCUCACGCUCUCACACAACGCCCUCACCCAUCUGCCGGCUGGCAUCUUCAGGGGCCUUGAGGGGCUGGUCAAGCUCUAUCUGGGCAGCAACAACCUGACGGCCCUGCACCCAGCCCUCUUCCAGAACCUGUCCAUGCUUGAGGUGCUCAGCCUUUCCAGGAACCUCCUGACCACGCUCCCCCAGGGCAUCUUUGACACCAAUUACAACCUGUUCAACCUGGCCCUGCACGGCAACCCCUGGCAGUGCGACUGCCACCUGGCCUAUCUCUUCGGGUGGCUGUACCAGUAUAGCGACCGGCUCUUCAACAGCCAGACCUACUGUGCCGGCCCCGCCUACCUGAAGGGUCAGGUGGUGCCCGCCCUGAGGGAGGAGCAGCUGGUGUGCCCGGUCACCCAGGACCACCUGGGCUUCCAGGCCCCGGGGCCGGAGGACAGGGAGCCAGGGGGCGGCUGGGAUCUGGGUUGCAUCUACAGCAACCCCGAGGGCACCGUGGUGCUGGCUUGUGACGAGGCCCGGUGUCGCUGGAUGAACGUCCAGCUGUCUCCCAGGCAGGGCUCGGCCUCCCCGGGACUGACGUUCAAUGGCAGUCAGGAGUGGGACUUGAAGUCCAGCUGCGGCUCUGUGAGGGUCACUGUGUCGAUCGAGGCUCUGGCAGGGGAGCCCUAG